AUGCCCUCCGCAACGCCUCCGAAGUCGGACAAAGUAAAGAAAAGACCCAAAGUCAGAGGAUGUUAUCAAUGCUCUCGUCGACGCAUAGACUGUGAUCGGAAAGAGCCAACAUGUGGCAAAUGCUCAGCCAAAGGCAUCAAGUGUAGUGGAUUAGGUCUACGAUAUCGCUUCAAUGAUGGCAUUGCCGCCCGUGGAAAGUUUGUUGGUAAAUCAUUGCCUAUCGUUGAUGGGAUAGAAACCCAUUCUGCGGAAACGACAUCGGUGUCAAGUUGCAAGAGACGGAACGAUCCCUUUCGUGCAAGUGGCUAUGAGACUGUCGAGCAAUCCUUAGUUGAAGUCGAUACGACAACUGAGGAAGAACAUGAGAUUCAAGAAUUGGUUGUCUCAAAUCACGUACCAGUAUCUAUCGACUGGGGCUUAGAUCACGUCGAUCCAAAGUCGAGGUUCUGUCUUGGCUACUUCUCCAAUAACAUCGCCCAACUCAUCGCAGUCAUAAACAUGGGCUUCAAUGGCUAUCGUGAUCUCGUCCUACCAAGAGCAGAAACAGACCCUCUAGUCCGAAAAGCAGUUCUUCUUGUUGUCGAGCAGCAUCUCUCUUUACAAAACGGCACUGCAAUAUCUCUGGAUCCAGCGGCUUAUGGAUCUCUUGUUCGAGAACUUAUUAUGCGGUCUCAUCAGUGUGCACCUCAAGAUGACGAUUCUGCACUCACUGCGUUGCUUCUACUACACAUUCGGGAGAUGAUCAGUGGAAGUGAUAACUUUAGACUUAUCUAUGGUUCGCUGCGGGUGGUUGUUAACGCACUUGCGAAGAAUGCCGAAGAUAAGAGGUCUGAUCUGAGAAGGUUUCUGCAGAUGCAGAUACUAAGGUAUGUCGAAUAG